AUGGGCUGGGCGAAUAUCCGCUCGAGGGCGGACGAAGAUGCGCGCGGCGGAGGUCAGCCAGGCCUAGCCCGGGAGGUGAGCACGUGCGACGUACCGCGCGUCAAAUUAACCGACUUUUGCAUGUGGUCGUCGCCACCCGCCGCCCUCCUCGAUGCCUUUGAGGAGCUGCGGGGCGGACGCUUUGACAGCCUCAUCUUGGGUGGAGGAGGCGCUGCACCGUGCGACUCGCUGCUGAAUCGGUCCGCUCCACUGCGGGGCCUGAGCGAUCGGGCGAAGGCGGAAAGGCGCCAACGGGAGCAGGACGAAGCUACAAACGGCUCGCUGCUUCUCGGCGGCCUCCUUGCAAAGGGCGUGCGGCCCCGCAGCUCUGCGCCUGUCUCUCGCCCUGCCCCUGAGACAGUGUUUGUGAUGUUGCAGGUGAACGGCUGCCAACGUACUCCGAGAAUAUCCUCUUCUGUGCCUUGA